UCUUCUACGGUUCUACCCUUGUGAUGUGUAUAUAAACAGGGCAGCGAGUGAACACAAGACAUCUUCGAGAUUAUACUCACAAGUCACAAUUGUUCUUGAUAUCACAACCAUCUUCUCCUCGUCAUCAUGAGCAACAUCUCUCCUUCAUUCAGCACCCCCACCCUUCUGGCCACGUCUUCCUCCCUUCGUCAUUUCUUUCCUCUCGCUGGCACCCAGAAGGCCAAGCCUGUCCUCCCCUCUACCCGUCCCAAGCCUCCUAUGCACCGCAUCGAUAUUACCCACUUUAUCAAUUUCAAGCUAGAUCUCACCACAAACAACUACGCUCAGUGGAUGCGGAAGUUCUACGCUAUCCUCACCAAAUACGACUGCGCCCACCAUGUCGACCACAAGUCUGAUCCCCGUCUUCAAGAUGCCAAGUGGCGCAACGACGAUCUGACCAUUAUGUUGUGGUUCUAUGCUACCAUUUGCGACGAGCUUUAUCAAGUGGUGAGGGAGCCGGAGAACAUGGCGUAUACCGUUUGGGACAAGUUGUACACCUUCUUCCGGGACAACCAGCCCGGAUGGGCCAUCCACAUCCGCGAAGAGUUAAGUGCCACCGUGCAAGGAGACAUGACGGUGGCCGCCUACUGCAAUCGGAUUAAGGCCCUCGCUGACGCCCUCGCCGACGCAGGUGAACCAGUCAACGAUGAGAUGUUGACAUUGCAAAUGAUCCGAGGACUCAACAACCGCUUCCAUGUGCUGGCAACUACUCUUCCCAUGCACAGGCCUUUUCCUACCUUUAUCCAGGCCCGUUCCCUAUUGUUGCUUGAAGAAAUAUGUCUUAAUGCGCGUGAGAGGUCGAAGGGAUCCUCCACCAUCACCAUUGGCACCAACAACGGCUCCAACUCCACCCCCGAUGGAAGCAACAAUGGGAAUCAACGCGAUCACAACGCUUUUUUUAACACCCGGCCUGGACAGUCGGCACAACCACAACAACGACCCUGGUUGGGCUACUUUGCGCCAUGGCGGGCGCCCUUCCCGUUGCCGAGGCAGCCGCCGCACACUCAGUGGGCCCCUCGAAGCGUCGGCGGCGUCCUCAACCCACGCCCAUCUGCUCCAACUCAGGGAUACUCGUUGCUCUACUCCAUGGCAUCCAUCUUUAUGUUAGCAAAUAAACUAGCGUGAUAGGUUCAAGUUCAGGUUAGACGUAGUGUUAGGAUUCAGUUUUGUCAGCCUGCAGUUUUUUCGAUGUUCAGUUUCAGUCAAGCCUGAGGACGCGGUAUGUGCGAUCCCGAGGCCGUAGCUCGCGGUGAGCGCAUGCCCAUGAUCGUGGGAUGGAACGAUCCAGUAGAUGGGGCACACCUUGAUCCGUCUUUCCCGUUUUCCAGUGAAUAAGAAGAGGAGGAGAAAAGCAGCAGAGUUUGCGCUGCACAAAA